GCCCUUGGGCCCUAUCUCCCCCCCCCCUUAGAGUGGGAGGCCACGAAUAGGCAGAAGGGGGACGGCGAGCGGUGCAAGAUGGCGGCGGGGCUGCUGCUGCUGCGGGCGGGGCUGGGCAGACCCUACGGCGGGGGAGUCGUUCUCCUGAACAAGAUUGUCUUGACCAGACCAGCUGUUUGUGUUGCAACUGACAAGCGCCAUCCUCUGGCAUGUAAAAUCCACACAUCCCCCAGGAGUUUAGUGGUACCAAGUCUCCUGUUGACCCAGAAACAGCAGCAGGUCUCCUUCAGCAACCGGAAGGGCUUGGAAUGCAUCUCACCAUUUUUCUCCAGUGUAGAAGAGACAUCUCAAGCUAUUCCUACGAAGAUCGAGGGGCAUGUCCCCACCUGGCUGAAGGGCAAGCUGCUGAGGGUUGGCCCGGGGAAGUUUGAGUUUGGAAAAGACAAGUAUAACCACUGGUUUGAUGGCAUGUCUCUGAUGCACCAGUUUGACAUUGAGGAUGGAGUUGUGAAGUACAGCAGCAAGUUCCUAAGGAGCGAUUCCUACAUGACUAACAGCCGGAACAACCGGAUCAUGGUAUCUGAGUUUGGAACCUUAGCUAUGCCUGACCCUUGCAAGUCCAUUUUUGAGCGCUUCAUGUCAAGGUUUGAAGUGCCAAAAAUGACGGACAACUGCAAUGUGAACUACGUGGUCUACAAAGGCGACUAUUACGUCAGCACAGAAACCAACUUAAUGCGUAAGGUCGAUCCGGAAACCCUCGAAACAAAGGAGAAGGUGGAUUGGACAAAGUACAUUGCAGUGAAUGGAGCAACUGCCCACCCACACUAUGACCCGGAUGGGACAGCGUAUAACAUGGGCAACUCGUAUGGAAAACAUGGCUCCAACUAUAACAUCAUCUGUGUCCCCCCACAGACGUUGGGCUCCGAUGACUCUAGCCUGCAGGGUGCAAAAGUGCUGUGUUCUAUUGAGCCAGAGGAUAAGAUGAAACCUUCCUAUUACCACAGCUUUGGAAUGAGUGAAAACUAUGUGAUCUUUAUUGAGCAGCCACUCAAAAUGAACCUCUGGAAGUUCAUCACAGCCAAGGUUCUUGGGAGAUCCUUUUUGGAAGCGAUCAGCUGGGAGCCUGAGCACAGUACCCGCUUCCACAUAGUGAACAAGCUCACUGGGCAGGUGUUGCCUGGGCAGUACUGCAGUGAACCUCUCUUGUUUUUCCAUCAAAUCAAUGCCUUUGAAGAUCAAGGAUGCAUCAUCCUUGACCUAUGCUGUCAAGAUGAUGGAGGGGCUCUUGAUGUUUACCGGCUGCAAAACCUCCAUAAAGCAGGCGAGGCUCUGGAUCAGGCCUACAAUUCAGUGGCAAGGCCGUAUCCACGACGCUUUGUUCUGCCCAUCAGUGUGGAUCCUAGUGCACCUGUGGGACAGAAUCUCAGCCCCUUGUCCUACACAUCGGCAACGGCCACGAAAGAGUCCAACGGGAAGAUCUGGUGCACAUAUGAAAGUCUGCAUGAUGAGAACCUCAAGGAAGCAGGAGGUCUCGAAUUCCCCCAGAUUAACUAUUCUCAUUACAAUACGAAGAAAUAUCGUUACUUCUAUGGUUGUGGCUUUGGGCAUAUGGUUGGUGACUCACUGAUUAAGACUGACAUAAAGACCAAGGAGAUGAAGAUUUGGCGACAGGAUGGAAUGUAUCCUUCUGAGCCAGUGUUUGUGCCAGAACCUAACUCUUCUGCAGAAGAUCGUGGGAUUAUUCUGUCCGUUGUGCUCACAGCCAAGCAGAAUCGAGGUACCUUCCUGCUCAUUCUGGAUGCUGAGAAUUUUACUGAACUGGGCCGGGCAGAAGUCCCUGUCCAGUUCCCCUAUGGUUUUCAUGGCAUCUUUGUUCCAGGUCAAUAGAGAUUAGCCAGUGGUCACAUAGCACAAUGGGGAGGAGAAAGAGUCUGCUCUACAAAGCUCUGUGCUUAAAACCUUUGCCAACAUACUUAAUCUUAACCUGUCUAGGGGUGCCAACAGGCUGUCACUAUUUGAGGGAGGGAUUGAAGUGCAUCUGUGAAUUUAGGUUUGCGGAAUUAAGGCGGAUUAAACACAGGAAUCUGUCUUAUACCAAGUCAAACCAUUGCUAUGUAGCUCAGUAUUAUCUGCACUGACCCAGCAGUGGCUCUCCAGGGCUUCAGCUCCACCAAGAGAUGCUGGUGAUUGAACCUGACACCUUCUGCAUGCAAAGCAGGUGUCCCACCAUUGAUCUACAGCCCUUUCCUUGGUACAGAAAAAAACCACAUACAAACUGACCUUUUAAAGUUUGGAAAGUUACAGGGAAAUGCAUUGGAAAAUUGUGGGAUUAACAAAUUAUUAACGGGAAGAUCCCACCAGCAAAUCAGGAUGAAUGUUCAUUGCUGUGUAACCUUGCCACAGAUGUGAAAGAAUACUCUGCAAAGACCACACCAUAGACUAACUUCUUAAGUAAGCUUUGCGCAAGCAAAUCAGCUCAAUAAACAGGCCUUCUAGAGGAGUUAUCGGGACUAUUCUGAUCCACAGAGAUGUUCAAAAGGAAAUAGGUUAAUGAGUGUGAUAACUGUUGCCAAUGAAAGAAAAAUAUUGACCAUAAAUUGAUUUUUUUUAAUAGGAGGCACUCAAGUGAUAUCAACUUCAAAUAUAACCUUUUGGACAAUUCUAAUUGUUUAGCCUUUAUUUUUGUAUUAUCUAUAUGGAGAUUUACUUAUCUAAAUGCAAUUAAAGUGCUUUGGGCAUA